AUGCGAUGCGCUCGCUUGCCGCCCGAGGCAGCGCUGCGCCCCCUCGGCCUCGCACCGCCUGCCCCCUCCCGCUCGCAGGCCGAUAAAAGGAUGACGCAGUUCUGUUGCCUUCUGCUCGUCCUCGCCUUGGGCAGCGCCAACAGCCAAGGGCUCCAAGCCGCUCGUCCUGGCCGUGGCAACUUCGCUGAGAAGCAGCAGCAGCUCAAGGCUGAGAUCAAGGAGCAGCUCAAGGCUGAGCACGAGCAGCUCAAGGCUGAGCACGAGCAGCUCAAGGCUGAGCACGAGGAGCUCAAGGACCAGCUGGCUGAGUUCAAGGAGGAGUUGACGCAGCUUGCCGUCACGCUCGCAAAGAAGUGA